AUGCAAUUCUCUACCGUUAUCUCUGCUUUGACUCUAUCUGCUGUCGCUGUAUUUGCUCAAGAAACCGUUGUCUCUGAUGGUGUCACCUAUGUCGAUGUCACUGAAACCCCAGAAGUCACCGUUUCUGCCGUUUCCACCGAACUUUCCACUUCUACUCCAUACUCUACCACUACUCUAGCAGUUGCUACUCUAGAAACAUACGCAGGUGAUAACUCUACCUCUACUGAACACACCGUCGAACCAUACUCUGGUGCUGCUUUGAAACAAGAAGUACUAGGCUCUUCCCUAGUCGGUGUCGUUGCCCUGGUGGCAGCUUUGUUGUAA